AUGUCCGCUGUGACGCUGGACUCCAACGCGUGGUACGCCAUCUCCGAGGGUCGUGUCGCCAACGUCUCCGACCCUCUCACGACGAGUCUGCAAGAUACGACCAACGGGCUCAGGGUGUUCGGCAAGACGGACGCGUUGUGGCAGUUCCAACCGGUGGGCAACAGGGAUGGUCGGUAUCUCGUGAGACUGAACGCGGCCGGCGUGGGCCAGCAGCUUUCCGUGUGCUGGAACCUGGCCGAGGUUCACCCCAGCAGGACGAGGGGCUGCAUGAGGAAGACGGAGUCGGACGAGAGCCAGCAAUGGGACAUCACCGAAUGGGAGAGCGAGAAGGGCACGCUCAAGUUCACCAACGUCGCCAACGGCACGGGAUACGUCCUCGACGUCCACCCGGGGAGUAACCUGUUCAUGUCGAGCGAGAUCGAGGGCACCGACGGCGUGUCCGCGCGCCAGCCUGCCCAACACUGGAUCAUGACGAGUUCAAAGGCUGUCAAUGAUGGAGCGUACUCCACCAUCUACUCGGCGGGCGUGAGUGGACUGCUGAAAAACGUGGUAUGGAGUGAACAAGGCGCUGACAAUCCACAGACCACUCCUGUAAGCACGGCAUCAUCAUCGGCAUCGGGAUCAUCAUCUGCAACUGCAACGGCAACAGGAACAGACGCAGGAGCAGCGACGGCGACGUCUUCCGGUGGCUCUACUACCGGAACCUCGAGCCCCGGUUCCUCAUCUUCCGGAGGGCUCUCAACCGGCGCCGCAGCCGGAAUCGGCGUGGGCGUCUCCCUCGGGGCCAUCGCUAUCCUAGGCGCCGCUUUCUUCUUCUGGUGGCGCCGCAGAAGAGCCUCCAGAGACGCGGCGGCGGCAGCAGCAGCAGCACCCGGUAACCAUCACCAUGAGAUGGGCCACGACGGCAGUACUAUCGGAAAGUCGAGCCCCGGGACUGCCAACGCCUCUACCGUCGCCGGCUCUCCGUCGCCGGCCCACGGCUACUACGCGCACGAGGCCAAGGUCCUGGGCCAUAUGCAACCGCACUCACAAAGCGCCGAGGCCAACACGAACCCGAUAUACGAAGCCCCGACCGAGACCAGAUAUGAGUUAGAUUCUGGGACGGGAGGUCAUACUCACGCACCUACGCAACAUGAGCUGUCAGACAGUCAGACGAGGCGGUGA